AUGACAGAGAACGUGGAACAACUGAGCCUAUUGUAUAUUCGUGAGAUUGUACGCCUACAUGGAAUACCCCUCUCGAUUAUAUCUGAUAGGGAUCCACGUUUCAUUUCACACUUUUGGAAAGGAUUGCAGAAGGCAUUGGGAAUAGACAUGCUGGGGAAAACGGGAUUGAUUGGGCCUGACAUAGUACGGGAUACCAUGGAGAAGGUCAAAACCAUCAGGCAAAGAAUCCAGACCUCUCAAAGCCAACAGAAGAGUUAUGCGGAUAAAAGGAACCGACCAUUAACCUUCGCAGUCGGAGAUUAUGUAUUCCUGAAGAUCAGACCAAAGAAAGGAGUCAUUAGAUUUGGGAAAAAGGGAAAGUUGUCCCCACGCUACAUUGGACCUUUUGACAUCGUGGUCAAAAUCGGGAAGGUUGCGUAUCGUCUAGUGCUGCAGCCACAGCUAGAUAGAGUACAUAACGUGUUCCACAUUUCAAUGCUCUGCAAGUAUCUCGCGUUGCCCACGCAUGUCCUCAAUUGGGAAGACCUCACAAUCGAAGAAGAUGCGACGUACAAAGAAGAACCAAUAGAAAUUCAGGACUGA